UCUGGGUACCCAACCCAGCCUCGACAACUUUAUAGUAUAAAUCGAGCCGUUGAUAAGUUAACUUUGGUUUCUUGUGAGCUGCAUAACAUCCAUACAUAAAUAUAUCGUGGUGAAUUGGGAGCUAAUUAGCGUAUAACGAACGCGAAAGCCUAUAUUCCGUCGUGGAAAUCAUAACCACUGUACGGGCACCUAAGACCGUGUGUCCAUCUAAGAAAGUAGUGCCGCAGUUUCAGAUUGCUCAUCAUUCAUCGCUCACCUGUCCGUCCAUCAAAUAAAACGUUCGCAUUUACCUUACAACCAUCUUAAAAGCAACCUCAAGUCUACGUGUGCUACGGGGUCCGUUUCCGUAUUCGGGUUUUGCUUUUGUUGCGCACGCGAUUACGUUACCGCAGCGUCACAUUCGAAGAAAGUGAAAAGUUGGAUAAUUUUAUCGACUCGGGUUUUUUUUUCAUUAAUAAUUUACGUUAAUUUUUUUGUUUAUAAAUUUGGUGGUGUAACCGAUAUUUGAAUUGCCUUCAUGAGAAAUUUGUGUUCGAAUGAUUUGAGCCGUUAGAGGAUUCGUCUCCUAUAGCAGUGAAAAUGUGGAACCUUCAAAUGAAGACAUAAUAUUUUGGAAGACAAUUCAACCCUCGACUUUUCCCAGAGAAAUUGUGAAAGUUUAGACAAAAUUACUCCCAGAACAACAGUUGAAAUCAAAGAUAUCCUCAGGAGUUCGGUAUAUGAUCGCCAAGUUCAAACCAUCCACUAUGUCUUCAGUUGAAAGAUCAUCACCAAAACACUCAACCAUGGCCACGAAAGUUACUAUUAUCGGAAUUUGCAUAUUCUUCACAAUCUGCAUUUCACCACACCAAUGUCGUGGUGAAAUUGACAACGGUGACGUCGACAUGAGCCGCCAAAUGCAAGCAUCGAAUAUCAGUGCAUUUUUGGCGCAACUGGAUGCAUCCAAGUUGGUUUUGGGCAAUAGCAAUAACGGAGACAUCGAGGCCAAUGACGAAACCGACCACAUAUUGAACACCAAUUCUACCAAAUUAGUGCGAAUCAGUGAACUCUUAGAUAUUUUCAAUAUUGAGCAGUUGGCGACGCUCUGGAAUACCCUGGACGCCGAGAUUAGCGACCAUUGCUCCAAUGACAUGGUGGAUUAUCUGAAUGGACUGAAGAGUGGCAAGCUCUGGGCUGUGAAAAUGGACGAUGCUAGCGGACACUACACUUCAGGAUUCUUCUACGGUAACAACUAUUGGAUGGGAUCCCUGUCCCUAUGUACAAGCAUUUAUAAGACAGAGAAUGACGAUGGAAAGGUCCGAGAUAUUAAACAGAACAACGGAUUGCCUUUCUCCCAUUUGAUCGGCGUAAACAACGCGGUUAUUAACCGCCAUGAAAACCCACCUUUCAUGCCAGGAUUCUAUGUGAUGAAGAUUCUAAUGAAUGAAACGUUAUUGGCCCCAAAUACCCGAACCGUCCACGUUGGUGUCUGCUUACCGUCAAGAUGUUCCCUGAGCGACGUAGAAAAACUUGCCGUUUUCUCGCAAAGUUCCAUCCAAUCACGCGAAAUGAAAAUCCUUUCGAUCCGAUCCCCAACCAACAAUGGCUACAAUAUCUGGACCGACACAACAUUCAUUAUCCUCAUGUUUGUAUCAUCUUUAGUUUUCGUACUACUCAUCAUCGGAACAAUCUACGACAUCAUCCUUACACGUCGCUAUAAAAAGGUCCUGAAUCGCAGCCACAAUGACAGCUUGGCUCACAGUGAAACUUCAUCAGGAAUCGGUUGUACCACGUACGAUCUUACAGACGUUGUACCUCAUGACCUCAAAAAGGAUCUCACUGUGGACAUUCAACUGCCGCAUAGUAUCAACAACAAUAACUCAGACGAGCAUUUAGCCAGUGAAUGCCAAGAUCCUGCUCGAGUAGGAAUCGUCGCUGAGAUCAUCCUGUCCUUCUCAGCCAUAACGAAUUUCAACGCUAUCUGUGACCGUAGCGUAGGAUCAGAUACAAUUCCAUCAAUCCAUGGACUUCGAGCGAUCUCAAUGGCGUGGGUUAUCCUUGGUCACACAUGCAUUGUUGUUUUCAAAUACUCUGAUAAUAUGGAGCUGAGGAAAGUUGUGGAGAAGAACUUCCUGUUCCAGGCAAUCACGAAUGGAGCCUUCAGUGUGGAUACGUUCUUCUUCAUCAGUGGCUUCCUCGUGUCAUUCAUCUACUUCAGAACAAAUGCUAAGGGAAAGUUGGAGAAAUUGUCGAAAGGCGUCAGCGAGGUCACAGCUGGAACUUAUCAUUUUCUUGGAUUGGUUGGCUAUCGCUUUGUGAGAUUAACCGCCCCAUACUUAUUCGUUCUUGGAGUCGUGGAAGUCACCAUGAAGUACCUGGCAACACAAUCUGUUUUCGACCCACCCACAAUGGACCAUGUCAAUUGCCCAAAAUAUUGGUGGAGAAAUAUUCUGUAUAUUAACACUCUCUUCCCUGUCGAGGAUAUGUGCAUGCUGUGGAGUUGGUACCUUGCAAACGACACCCAAUUCUACAUCAUCGGAGCCAUCAUCCUCAUCGUAGGAGUACGACACCUGAAAUUGGCCGCCAGCAUUCUGGGAACCUUUAUGAUCUCAUCCUGGGUUACAACUGCAUUCAUCGCCUUCAGCAACAAUCACAUGCCCAACACAGAUGACCCUCUGGCCCUCUUCGAUAAAAUAUACGACAAACCAUGGACUCGAUUGGGACCAUACUUGAUUGGAAUGGGUGUUGGCUGGGUCUUGUUCAAAACCAACUGCAAAAUCCGAAUGACCCGACUGACAGUGGUAUUAGGAUGGGCAUUGUCCACAGGAUGUUUGUUGCUGCUGAUUUUCGGGCUCUAUAACACAACUUUGUCAUCCUUCACAGCGGCUGCUUACAGUUCACUAAGUCAUUCAGCGUGGGCUCUAUCGUUAGCGUGGAUUACGAUAGCUUGCUCGACAGGAUACGGAGGAUAUGUGAACUCAUUAUUAUCUGCUUCGUGUAUAUAUCCUUUCUCGAGGGUAACAUAUUGUGCUUAUCUGGUGCAUCCGAUUGUGAUCCGAGGGCUAGCAUUGAACUCAGAUGCGCCAUUGCAUUUAGGAACGGACUCAAUGGUGAUAACAUUCUUCGGGCUCGUAGUCUGCUCGUACGUUCUAUCAUUCAUCGUGUCCAUGUCCUUCGAAGCACCAGUAGUUACGAUGCUGAAAAUAAUGUCACCAAAUCGUAAGAAACGAUUAGCCUAAGACUGAUUUGACUAGGCUAAAGUAAUCUAUCUAAAUUUACAUUACGACGUCUACAUUUAGAUUGUUGAUUAUUUGUCCGAGCGAUACCCAAUUGGUCACACUCUAAAGAUUCUCUCCUUCGUGUCUUAUUCCUUGUAAGCUCUAAGCGUUUUUGUUAUCUAUUAUCAAGUUCAAACGAGACAUCGACUUAGCGUUAAGACUCAUCCAUAUAUUAUUGUCAUUAUUAAUGAUUUCUCGUAUGUCCUACUCCCUCCUCGUUAGUUCAAUAAGAUACAAAGCUCCUGAAAUUUUCCCAAAAAAAAAAACAGUGAAGACAGUUGCUAAGCCAAUUUGAGAGUUGAGAAUGAAAAUCGGAAAAUAGUUUUAAAACUCCUGAAUAUUGUAAAAGAGCAAAGGGACGACGUUGCAAUCUUGUGUUAAAUUUAGGCGUUUCCUUCGUCCUUGUUCGCGGCGGACCGAAACGCGAGUGUACUAUAUAAAAUUGAAUUAAGGGAGCUUCAUUGAGUGAUAUCUACAUUAAAAACACCCUUUCCUACUCAUGCUAUGUAUAUUAUUUUGUUUUACACAUUCUUCCUGAUUAUUUUAUUGUUUCCAUUAGCCCCUACUCCUCUGUGAACACAUCCGCACAUUUUUAUCUUAUUAUUAGUGUAUUUAAUUCGUUUUAUUGAUUUUUGCAAUCCAAUGAUGUAAAAUAUGUUUUUUAUAACUAAGUUGAAUAGAAAUAAAGUGUAUUU